AUGAAUUCCUGGUUAUCGCACUGUGAGGCACACGUCGGUGACGGCGGCUGCGUGUCGUACUGCGGAGUGUACGCGGCCGCGCCGCGCCGCGCCGAUGCGCCCGGGGUGCUAGCGGCCGCGGCAUGGCGCGCCGCGUGCCCGCGCUCGCGCCCGCCCAUCUCCACACGCACCAUGAGCGACCUGCAGGCCACCUUCGAGUUCUCCAUCGAACUCUACAAGUUCUACAAUGUCGACCUCUUUCAGAGAGGGUUAUACCAAGUACGAGUGGGCCUUCGUGUAUCGCCCAAGGUGCCGGUGCAUAUCGAGGCCUCAAUCUCCAGUGGCAGCGCUCCUGCCCGCACCGGGCGUCCUGCCGCCAACGCAUCGCUCAUCGGUGGUCUGGCAGCCUCCAGACCCUUUCAAAUCAUGUACAGAAAUGAAGAAGUUACGCUUAGAGACAUCGUGCAUUUUAGAGCUCAUUUACUAGUGGACAGUCGGAAUCUCAAAGAAUCUUUAGAGAGAGCAGAAUGGAGUCUUGGAGUAGAGUUAUGGUGCAGCGAGGGUGCGCAGUCGAGCACCCUGGCUCCAGUAUCCUGUCGGGUACUAAAGCUGCACUUUCAGCCGUCGCAUGGUCUUCAUUACCACCUGCCGGUUCUAUUCGACUAUUUCCAUCUGUCGUCAGUCUCUAUCACUAUCCACGCAAGUCUAGUUGCCUUACAUCAACCAUAUAUCAAUACGCCUCGUUCGAGUAAGCAAUGGGGUAAAUUGAUGAAAGGAUCAGGAUCUAACUUUAAUACGUCAGGAAGCUUUGAAAAUGUGCUUUUUGGUUCUGCCGGCAAGUGUGCAGGGGGAAACUCCAGUAAAAUUGCACAUGCCAGGCAAGUCCAUGCAGAAGUAUGCGGUAUCCUGUUAGGGUCCCUGGAGGGGUUACAAAGUGCGCUUGCAGUAUGUGGAUCGACUGGAGUGUUGCUCACUCCAGAAGAGUCGUCCUCUAACUCCGUUAUAGGAGAAGUGGCGCAACGCCUAAAAGAUCUUAAUGAUUUCGGGAAGAAUUUACAGAAAUCUGAUUACGGUGAGGAAGAAGAAUGGGCGAUGAGCGCGGCUCACGACAUUGCUAGGCUGUGCGCUGAGGUGACACUGCGUUGGCGAGCUUUUCUGCACCACACGACAGACCGGCCACACGUACACCACGCUCUCGCAGCUAGGCAUCAUGCUUUACGAAUAAAACGUUUCUCCGAAUGUUUCUUCGUGCUGGACAACCCACGACACUCGCUGGCCGGUUGCUACGAUAGCAACUACCAGUCAUACCAGAGUGUAGGGGAAGUAGCUCGGAGGUCAAGAUACUUGGCAUUGUUACCUCCGCUACCAGUUCACUGCAUCGCAUUGGAUGGAGACCCGCAUAUCAUGCCCAUCAUUUUUGAAGACAGGUAUCAAGAUACAGCAGAAUUUGCCAGACGUCGCUCAUUUUUAAAUUCUAAUGCAAACAAAUCUGGUAGCGAUCCCUUUCUAUGUUCAGAACCUCUUGGAGAGGACUGUGCUUGCAGCAUUAGCUCUCUUAUGGACUCAAGAAGGCCCUCAUCGGAGGCUUCAAGAGUUACUCUUACACUACCCAAAACAAUUAUGGACGUACUAGAACCACAAUUUAACACUCCAAAGUCUAAUGCCAGUGUCGUUCAAGCAACUUUGACAUUAGCUCCUCAAAAAUCUGCCCGCGGGUCUCCUAAGAGAACUUUAGUUAAACAAAAUGUAGUAGAAAUGAAUAAACCGCAUAACAAGCAACUGGAACUAACAGGAAGGAAUAGAUAUAUAGUUCAGAACAAUCAAAUCAGCGAAAUCCAGCUUCCACCGAAUAGUGCGUUUGCUUCAUGCCCUAUACAACAAGGGCAACAAAUGUCGCGAUAUUCCGCUUCAACAUUGCUUGACAUAAAUGCAGCUAAACUUGCAUCGAAUGUUUUACAGGCAGACAAAGAGACUAGAAGUAACCAAAACGAAGGUUUACGGCAAAGACAUGAAAUUACGAGUGGAGUUAGUACAUUACCGGCUAGACAUAGCAAGUCCCUAGAUCAACUUAGAGUAUCACAACUAGCGCCUCUUAAUACUGCUCAAACAUUAACAAAGAACGUUAGAAAUAAUUCAAACUCUUCUGUUAAUUAUCCGAAACAAUAUUUACCACCACAACAAAUCAAACCAACAACAUUGCCAAGAAGUGUUACAACUAGUGCUUAUCCAACAAAUACGACGACUAGAUGCAAAGGAGAUGAUUAUAGAAGAAAUAUAAGCGAGUUUAGAGAAAAAUUUAAGAAUCCGAAUAUCCCGAAUGUCAACCCUCAAGGAGUUAGCAAUGAAGUGUUCCAUAAUGUAGGUUAUAAGUACGAUGGAGGGAUAAAAGGUAAUCCUAACCAAGUGUAUGGCUAUACUUUCGGUAAUCAGGGUAAUAUGCAAGUGAAUAAUGUUAUUCGUAAUCCGUUAGAGUUUCAAAGAGGCUACAGUGUAAAUUUACCCCGUCCCAUGUUGCCUCCACGUAAUUCUUACCCACCGGUUAGUGGUAAAAAUCAAGUGACUGAUCAAAGUAACUUAGUUUCUAAUAAACACGUGCAUAGAUCAAAUUCUACUCACGUGUUCCAUCAAAAAGAAAAUUCACAUAUAGACAUUGAAGCCGCUCGUAACCAGCUUAGACAUGAGCUCAACUAUUAUUUACAAAAAGGCGACUGGAGUUACGACUUCAAUACGGGCAGUUUAAUACAAAACUAUCAAAAAAAAUCUAGCAAAAGCAGUGAUGACAGUGGAUUUGUAAUGACUUUAGAUAGAAGUAGUGACGGAACUUCUAAAUCAACCUAUUCCAAAACACCACCAUCUACACCACAUUCUACAAUGCCAUCUAUACGACAUAAAAAGAGUCGAUCAAAAGAAUCUAAAUUAAAUAAUAGUGGAAAAGAACCCGCAAAAUUAAAUUCCAGUAGAGAUUCGUUAAGCAGUCAUCAUUCUAUCAAAUCCAGAGAUAGUAAAUCAGAUCGCCAUACAUCAAAAUCCGAGCGGAGCACGCCAAAAUCUGAUAGAGCAACGCCAAAAUCAGGAAAGUCUACCCCCAAA